AUGGCUGGCUGGGCUCUCAGUGGCGGUCAUGUCUUGGGAGUAGGAGAGCUCCCUUGGUCUGCAAGCCUCUUCCCCUUGGGGCUGGUCCAAGCAGAGGCUCGAAGCUCGAAGAGGGAGAGGGAGGGCGCGGUUGAAGGGGCCCCUCCUGGCGCAAUCUUCACGAAGUUUCGACAGGCCAUCUCGGCCGACCGGAGGCUUCAUGCCGGUGCUCCCGAUGUUGCACUCUACUUCGUGCAUUGGCUCACAGAUCUGGCCGGAGCAGAGCCGACUCCACUGGGUGGCUGCGAGAAGUUUGUGAUCAAGUUCCCCUUGCACGUGUUGAACAGCUUUCUGCAGUCCUUCAAGUUCAUCGAAGGCAUCGCGUCCCAAACGGAGACCCAGGUCAUGGAGAAGUAUCUCAAGUAUCGUUGGGCGGAUCACGUCCCUUCCCUUGGCGAUGCUCCGCAGGGUGCGGCGCCCUGUGCGGCCGGAUCGUUCGGAUGUUUUGACAGCUGGGAAAUGUUGGGGUUUCCGAAAUUACCAAAUGGUGGAAGCAUUUGUUCGGCUCGUUUUGGAUGGCUGACUGGCUUGUGGCUUCCAGGGGGUUUGUCUUCCUGGUGGUCCGGCAGAAAAGUUGCUCGAAGUUUCAUAGUGUACUUCAUGCUGCUCUGCAUGCGAAGGACUGUUGCAAGUGUGCACCUCCUCAUGCAUCCUCUGGCGCCAGUAUUCCGAAAAAUACUUGGCAGUUGA